AUCUUUCUUUUAGUUUUUUGACUGAUUUUGAACAGUUAAAUCUCCGUACUGUAGGAGGCGCUAACGCGUCAAACCUACCGGAUGUGACGUCAACACGCGGCGGAUCUUCAGGCUGACAACAAACAGAAGUUUAUCGUGUAAUAUAUUUCUCUCUCCCAGCGGUUUAUUUCAUCAGACAGAAUCAUGUCUGGAGAUCUGGAUCUGUCUCCACCGGAAGUUCCUGAGCCCACACUCCUCGAGAGUCUUCUGCGUUACGGUCUCUUCUUAGGGGCCAUUUUUCAACUCAUCUGUAUUUUAGCCAUAAUAAUACCCACAUCCAAGAGCCACGAGCAGGUAGAGACUCCAGCGCCGGUUGAUACACGAGGUUUUGAGCAGAACAAGAAGCCAAAGGCACCCCUUCAACAAAUCCGACAGAAACUGAAAAAAGAGAGCAAGAAGAAGCGCUAGAAACAGAGUGAAUGAAUGUGUGGAUGAGAUUAAAGGUUCAGUGUUCAUGGAUUUGAUUUGAUGCUGUAUGUGCUUUCUUCACUGAGCUCUACCAACACUGUGAGUUCAGAUUCAGGCUGAAUUUUUCUUUUGCCUUCUCAACUGAACAGUGUUUUUAUAUCUAUCUUUGUUAAUAACAUUUUGUGGUUGGUUUAUUGUUAUUUUAAGUACAUAAAUAAACAGAAAACUGAA